AUGUGUCCUCUCAGCGGAAUCGAGCUCGCCAGCAGGACGGGUCUGCCUACGCCAGAGCCGCACGCUAUAGUGCCCCCAAAGGAAUGGAAGCCGCGGCAGUGCUACGAUGACAUCGAUGAGCUCGUCAUCCCAGCGCCCAUCCAGCAGGUGGUGACCGGCCAGUCGGGCCUCUUCACGCAGUACAAUAUCCAGAAGAAGGCGAUGACAGUCCGGGAAUUCAGGAGGAUCGCAAACAGCGACAAAUACUGCACGCCUCGCUACACAGACUUUGAAGACCUUGAGCGAAAGUACUGGAAGAACCUGACAUUCAAUGCCCCCAUCUAUGGUGCUGAUGUUAAUGGGACACUUUAUGAUAAGCAUGUAGAUGCAUGGAAUAUCGGCAGGCUGAACACAAUCCUGGAUAUCGUGGAGAAUGAAAGUGGCAUAACCAUUGAGGGAGUGAAUACUCCCUAUCUCUACUUUGGCAUGUGGAAAACUUCCUUUGCUUGGCAUACAGAGGACAUGGAUCUCUAUAGUAUUAAUUACCUGCAUUUUGGGGAACCCAAGUCAUGGUACUCUAUUCCUCCAGAACAUGGGAAGCGGCUGGAGAGACUCGCCAAAGGUUUCUUUCCAGGAAGUGCCCAGAGCUGUGAAGCUUUUCUCCGUCACAAGAUGACCCUGAUCUCUCCAUCAAUUCUGAAGAAAUAUGGCAUCCCAUUUGAUAAGGUGACACAGGAGGCUGGAGAAUUCAUGAUAACUUUUCCCUAUAGUUAUCAUGCUGGCUUUAAUCAUGGAUUUAACUGUGCUGAAUCUACCAACUUUGCUACUCUUCGAUGGAUAGAGUACGGGAAGCAGUCUGUGCUGUGUUCGUGUCGGAAGGACAUGGUGAAGAUUUCCAUGGAUGUGUUUGUAAGAAAAUACCAGCCAGAUCGCUACAAGCUUUGGAAAGCUGGGAAGGAUGUGACUGUCAUUGAUCACACUCUUCCAACACCGGAGGCAGCAGAAUUCCUUAAAGGAGACCUCAUGCAGAGAGUCAAGAGUGGAAAACAGUGUGCCGAGGAAACGGAAACUGGGGAAACAUGUAAAGAGGAGGUGGAAGGGGAUGAGAGAAAAAGCAUGCCCAAGCAUCGCAUAGGAACUAAGAGGCAUAGAGUCUGCCUGGAAGUGCCUCAAGAGGUGAGUGAAAGUGAAGCCUUCCCCAAAGAGGAGCUGAGCUCUAUGCAGUAUGAAGUGGAUGUGGCAGAGCCUUCUGUGAGACCUACCAGCGGACUUGUGCAGCAGGGUGAUCGAGGGCUCAAACUUCCAGAUCAUACGGACUCAUCAGCCCAAUUCGAAGAACUGAAAAGGGUGAAGCUUGAGGAGGAAGAAGAGGAAGAGCAAGAAGCAGCUGUGCUAGAUCUCUCUCUUUCACAUGCUUCACACUCGGCUUCAGCUCUGCCAGCUUCGAAGCCAGGUUCAACUUCCAGUGUUCAGCCCAGCUCACCAGCAUAUUCUGGUUCUUCAGACUGUGAAUCCAGUGAUCUGCUGCCAAAAAGGACUGUUCCCGGGCCAGCAGGGUUGUUCACUGUCCAUAGCUACGCUAGAGGAGAUGCCAGCGGAUCUGACAGUGAGCAAACUUCAGGGAAGAAAGCCAGUGCUACAGCCAGUGUGAACGAGCAGGAACUGGCAGAGGUAGCAAAGGAGUACAUAAGAUCAAUGAAGGAGAGUAAGAAGUCCAAGGGCCGUCGCCAACCGUUGAGCAAGCUUCCCCGCCAUCACCCGCUCUUGGUUAAAGACUGCGUUAGUGAUGAUGAGGCAUCAGAGCAACUAACUCCCGAAGAAGAGGCUGAGGAGACAGAAGCCUGGGCCAAGCCACUCGGCCAGCUGUGGCAGAAUCGGCCACCCAAUUUUGAGGCUGAAAAAGAAUAUAAUCGGACCAUGGCUCAGCAGUCUCCGUACUGUGCUGUUUGUAUGCUCUUUCAGACAUACCAAGCAGAAUGUGGAGGCCACAGUCAAAACUCUGGAGUAGCUCCAAGUGCUGCAGAUGGGAAGAUCCGAACCAAGCCCCUAAUUCCUGAAAUGUGCUUCACUGCAACUGGCUGCAGCACUGACCUCAAUCCCUCAACUCCUUACUUGGAAGAGGAUGGAACCAGUAUACUUAUCACCUGCAAGAACUGCCAUGUCUGUGUUCAUGCAAGUUGUUACGGUGUAUCUCCUGACAAGGCCACGGAAGACUGGAUGUGCUCCAGGUGUACAGAGAAUGCCUUAGAAGAGGACUGCUGUUUGUGCUCAUUACGAGGAGGAGCGCUGCAGAGAGCCAACGAUGACAAAUGGGUUCACGUGAUGUGUGCUGUAGGUGUCCUGGAGGCAAAAUUUGUGAACAUUGCAGAGCGCAGUCCCAUAGAUGUUGGCAAAAUCCCCCUGCAGCGCUUCAGGCUGAAAUGCAUUUUCUGCAAAAAACGGAGAAAGAGAAUCGCAGGUUGCUGCGUGCAGUGCUCCCAUGGUCGGUGUCCCACGUCCUUCCACGUCAGCUGUGCCCAAGCAGCAGGAGUCAUGAUGCAGCCCGAUGAUUGGCCGUUUGUUGUCUUCAUUACCUGCUUCAGACACAAGACUCCAUCUCAGGCAGAGCGAGCCAAGGCUGCACUCCAGGACCUGACACCUGGACAGAUAGUGAUCAGCAAGCACAAGAACGGUCGCUUCUAUCAGUGUGAAGUGGUCAGUCUUGCAAAGGAGACCUUCUACGAGGUCAACUUCGAUGAUGGCUCCUUCAGUGACAACCUGUAUCCGGAGGACAUUGUGAGUCGAGACUGUCUUCAGUUAUUAGGGGAGGUUGUGCAGGUGAGAUGGACGGAUGGACAGGUUUAUGGAGCCAAGUUUGUUGCAUCACAUGCCAUCCAAAUGUACCAGGUGGAAUUUGAAGAUGGCUCGCAGUUGAUGGUGAAAAGGGAUGACGUGUACACUCUCGAAGAGGAGCUUCCCAAGAGAGUCAAAUCAAGGCUGUCAAUAGCUUCAGAUAUGCGCUUCACAGAGAUCUUUGCGGAGAAGGAGGUCAGACAGGAGAGGAAGAGACAGAGGGUGAUCAACUCACGCUACCGGGAGGAUUACAUCGAGCCUGCGUUGUACCGGGCGAUCAUGGAGUAAGCCCUGCCCGUGGCACAGGAAGAUGCCCGUGUCCCCAAGGACUUAGAUGCUCCAGUACAACAGGCCAUAUUUGGAUGCUUCAAAUCCAGGGUGUUUUUGUUUUUGUUUUUGGGGUUUUUUUUUUUAUUUUUUUUAAAGGAAGCUAAAAAGCUGAUGCUCUGCAGUAGCUGAAAGCCAGCCGUUGGAUAGUGGAACGGAUCCCAUUUGCUGAAGCUGAUGCCUGCAGGCUCCUGGUCUGAAGUUGGGUCCUUCCUGAAUAAGCCAGCUUGGAGGUGCUGCUUUCAUCUCGUCAAGCAGUCUUGCUUUUUUUUAUUAGAGACUAUUUUGACAGGUGGCAAACUCUUCUGGGAGUUGUAGCCAGGAAUCUUGGCAGCUGCAGAAUAGGACAAAAUGUAUUGUUUUAAUUGAAUAAUGUUCCUGAUUGGGGAGUCUCCCUGGUGGCCACACCUGGGCUUGAGCAGGCAGUAUUACUGGUGCUUGACAUUGAACCUCUUUUUAUAUUUAUAUCCAUCUUUUUGUCUCAAGCAGCUUUAGCCUCUCGUUUCUCAGCACCUCCUUUCUGAGGGUUGAGAUCUGGGCUGUUCAAGGUCCAAGCAGAUGGGAGGUGUUUGUGUGAACAGGUGAAAUGUGAAAUCAAAUCCUCUUGGACAAACUAUUUAACCCUCCCUAAUACUUUUGUUCUGAUACUUGCUUUGACUUAUAAGUUAAACUGUAAUAGUACGUGCCUCGGUACCAACAAAAUCUGUCUGGAGCCCUGCACAGCGCAGCUCCCUAACAAGAAUAUACAUUCAGCUCC